AUGGCAGUAGCAUCAUUUCUCCUUCUUACAGAAGACGCCAGAAAAAGGCAAUGGAAAUGUGGUAAACACAAAAAAGAGAAAAAAAGAUAUGAAAAAUGCACAAGACAGGCACAAACUAUCUUUCGUCUUGCUCACGAAAACUCGAGGAUGGCAAUGGCAAAAAGCACUCAAGAGCUGUGUAACAUAAAGUUCGUAGAAAAAGAGACGAUUUGCAGCAAGGAAUGCUCGUGUGACAACACAAAAUAA